CUCCCUCACACUCACACACACUCUCUCCGAACUUCUUUUUUCCAAUGUCAUAGGUUCUGUCUUUCCUGACUUCUUCAAACCCUCCACUGGCCCAGAGACUUAAGGCCAGCUGAGAUCUGUCGUCCAUCCCCCGAUCGCAACGAAUGCCGAUCCACCUUCGCCGAUAGCGAUCCUCCGAUCUUAUCAGCCUCCUAGCUACCCUAGCCAUCUGUCCUGUCCUACGUGCCUCGCACCAACGCAUGUGUCUUUCCCACGCCUACUGAUUCACCCUUGAAUCUCGCGCCCUCCCACCAUGGGGACAUACGCCGAUGAUGGUAACACGGAGUUCCUGCCCAUGAGCCGCUCGAGGACCGCCUCUCAGUCAUCCUCCGAUUCGGACCUCUCCGUCGACACCCCGUUCCCCGACGAAUCCAAAUUCACAACCACCCACCUGAACAAUCCCUUAAAGUCCAGCUCAGCCGAAGAUGCGAGAUAUCGAGACGUCGAGGAAGGCGAACCGCAGCCCGAUGAGCCAUUCCUACCCUCGUCGCAAAAGAAAUCGGCUGCAUCGACCGGACGCCGGACCUCGCGUAUAAUCUGGGCACUGGUCAUACUGUGUGUGGCAGGUUGGCUCUGGGGGUUGGCGCUGUUCGUGGCGCAGAAGCGGUCCGGCGACCUCGCUGUCUCCGAAGCGCUGCAGUCGCAUGAUUCCAGCCCCUUUUCGGACAGCACGAGUUCCGGAAAGCCUGUCACGCUGGAGCAGGUGCUCAGAGGUCAAUGGCAGCCCAUGUCGCACGCCAUCUCAUGGAUCGCGGGGCCCGACGGUGAAGACGGCUUGCUGGUGGAGCGAGGAGAAGGCGAGGGCAAAGCCUACCUGCGCGUGGAAGAUAUCCGCAGCCGCAAGAAGGAUGCCCAGAGCCAGGAAAGUCGGGUGCUGAUGGAAAAGCCCACGGUGCAUGUGGAUGAGCGCGAUAUUUUCCCGGCCAUGACAUGGCCCAGCCCCGAUCUCAAGAAGGUCCUGCUCUUGUCGGACCGUGAGAAGAAUUGGAGACAUUCGUACACGGGCAACUACUGGAUCUUCGACGUCGACACCCAAACGGCGCAGGCGCUGGAUCCCAGCGAACCCGAUGGACGGGUCCAGCUCGCGGUCUGGUCGCCUGCUUCUGAUGCUGUCGUCUUCGCUAGGGGGAACAACCUAUAUCUGCGGAAGUUGUCGUCAGAUAAGGUGGUCCAGAUCACGAAGGAUGGCGGUGCGGACCUUUUCUACGGUGUGCCUGAUUGGGUUUACGAAGAGGAGGUCAUCUCCGGCAACAGUGUAACGUGGUGGUCUAGCGGCGGCGAGUACCUCGCUUUCCUUCGCACCAACGAAUCCUCCGUGCCUGAAUUCCCAGUCCAGUAUCACCUCUCGAGACCCUCUGGAAAAGAGCCGCUCCCGGGACUCGAAAAUUAUCCGGAAGUGAGAGAGAUCAAGUAUCCCAAGCCCGGCGCCCCCAACCCUGUUGUCAACUUGCAAUUUUACGACGUCGAGAAACAACAAGUAUUCACAGUUGAAAUCCCCGGCGACUUUAGUGAUGAGGAUCGCAUUAUCAUUGAGGUGGUCUGGGCAGGUGCAGACAAGGUCAUUGUGCGCACCACAAACAGAGAGAGUGACGUUCUCAAAGUCUUCCUAGUAGACACCAAAUCCCGCAGUGGUAAGCUUGUUCGAACUGAAGACGUUGCAAGCAUCGACGGCGGCUGGGUGGAGCCAUCCCAGUAUACCAGGUUCAUUCCCGCUGAUCCAAGCAAUGGCCGGCCACACGAUGGCUACCUCGACACUGUGAUUCACAACGGCUACGACCAUCUCGCAUACUUCGCGCCCCUCGAUAACUCCGAGCCAGUCAUGCUCACCACAGGUGAAUGGGAAGUGGUCGAAGCUCCUGCCGCCGUUGAUCCCCACCGAGGCGUCGUCUAUUUCAUUGCAACAAAAGAAGCUCCCACCCAGCGCCACCUGUAUCAAGUGAACUUUGAUGGAUCCAACCUCAAGGCUCUUACAGAUACCUCCAAACCAGGCUACUACGACGUUUCCUUCUCCCAGGGUACCGGAUACGCACUGCUCAGUUACAAGGGCCCCUCCAUCCCAUGGCAGGCAAUUGUCAAUACCGAGACAGACGAGAUCAUCCUCGAAGAAACCAUCGAGGACAACGCCGGCCUGGCUCGUAUGGUCGAGACAUACGCCAUCCCGACGGAGAUCUACCAAAAUGUCACCAUUGACGGCUUCACGCUCCAGGUCGUCGAACGUCGCCCCCCUCACUUUAACCCGGCCAAGAAAUACCCCGUUCUCUUCUAUCUCUACGGCGGGCCCGGCUCACAAACAGUCGAUCGUAAAUUUACCGUCGAUUUCCAGGCAUACAUCGCCUCCAGUCUGGGUUACAUAGUCGUCACUGUUGACGGCCGAGGCACGGGCUACAUCGGCCGCAAAGCACGAUGCAUCGUCCGCGGCAACUUAGGCUACUAUGAGGCUCACGAUCAAAUUGCCACUGCCAAGAUGUGGGCCCAGAAGACUUAUGUUGAUGCGACCCGAAUGGCAAUCUGGGGUUGGAGCUAUGGCGGAUUCAUGACCUUGAAGACCCUCGAGCAAGACGCAGGACAAACAUUCCAAUACGGAAUGGCUGUUGCACCUGUGACCGAUUGGAGAUUCUACGAUUCUAUCUACACUGAACGCUACAUGCACACUCCCGAACACAAUCCCACGGGAUUCGACAAUGCCUCUAUUUCCGACAUGUCUGCGCUCCAGGAAACCGUGCGAUUCCUGGUCAUGCACGGCUCCUCAGACGACAACGUUCAUCUUCAGAAUACUCUUGUGUUGGUUGAUAAGCUGGACUUGGCUAGUGUUGAGAAUUACGAUCUGCAUGUGUACCCGGAUUCGGAUCACAACAUUGCGUUCCACAAUGCGCACACCAUGGUCUACGAGCGUCUCUCGAGCUGGCUCAUCAAUGCAUUCAAUGACGAGUGGCAUCGCAUCGAUCACCCAGUUCCUGAUGAGUCGAUGUGGAGUAGGGUCAAGCGCUCGUUGCCCAUCUUGGCACAUUAGCUAGAUUACGAGGCUCUCUGUCGGACUGGCGUUCUUUGGUUCAUAUGAUGAGAAUUUUAUCAAAUCUCGUUUUCUUUCUUUGUAUAUACGUACCGGAAUAAAUGGGUUCCC